AUGAAAAAGUUUACCGCAAUGACAUUGGUAUAUGGAUUGUUCCGCUAUGUUGGCAUGUUAUGGGCACUACGCACUAUUUUAACUGAUGCCUAUAUGGUAAUUGAGGUCAUAAUGAUGCUUCUGCUCCAAGGAAUGAUGGCUAUACGAGUAUAUGUUCUUCUCGGGAAGUCGAAGCGGGUCCGCGCAGCCCUCUUUAUUGGUUUCUUUACGACCCAAGUCAUCAACCUUUCCGUCGUGGUAUCGGUGCUUGCGCGUGGUGGAAGUCUCAAAGCAAACAUUUCCGUGUUUGGCGUGGAUACCUGCUAUAAACCGUUAUCUGAAUCUCCAUGGGUCUUCCCACUAUGCUGCUCAGCGCUGCUGGUAUUUGAGCUGACAUUGAUCGUGCUCUGCUUGUAUCACGCUAUUACGAAUCUCAAACGGCCACUAUGCACAUCUAUCAUGUGCUAUGCUGGUUCCAUAGCGUCACUCAUCGUUCGACAAAGCCUGAUUUAUUUCAUUCUUGCGUUUGUCAGUGUGCUGGUCACCGCUGUGAGCCAAGCGCCUAGCCUUCGUUUGGUGGGUCUUACGCGGUCUUUGUUAGCAGCAUAUUAUCUUGACCUAAACUAUUGA